UGCAUUUUGGAGUUGAGUCGGAGACUAUAAAAUAUGGCUGAACUACGCGUAGAAAGGAUCCGAUAGAGGGCAUUCGACGCGUGCAUACGCAAUAGCGUUGUACCUCCACCUAACGCGAAGACGACAUCAAAUUCGUCGUUUACGUUGGAAAAAGUGGCAACCGUUUUGGCGUGUAUUUUUCGCAAUACUUUCGCCGCAACAAACACCCUACCUGUCAUGAAGAACUAAAUGGCGUUGGCAUCAAGAUCCGUUUGCCGUUCUACUCGCUGCCAAUCGUUCGAACAGAGACACGAAAAUUUCAAUUACCAAAAAGAUGACAGCUGAUUCGGAAAAAGAUAGUACCCAUUGUUUAAUAUGUAACAGUAAAGUUGGUGUAUCUACUAGAAAUAGUAUACGAAUUUUUAAUGAAAACUCUGUAACAUCGUCGGAAAAACCACUUUUAGAUGUCAUUUGUACUGUCUUAGAAAUCGAUUUAAACGAGGAGAAUGUACAUUCUCUCGUUAUAUGUAAAAAGUGCUUUAAAUUAUUUAACGAGAUUGACGAACUUGAAAGUCGAUUGACAGAAGUGAAAUUAGAGUUGUUCAAUAACUAUAAGAAGACUAUCAAAAAGAUAUCUGAUCUGCAAAAUGAAGAAGAGUAUAAUGAUCAUGAUUAUAUAGAAAAUACAGAAAGUCAGGAUGUAGAUGGAGAAAUUAGAUAUGUGCAAAAGGAUGAAUCAGAAAUUCAAGAGAUGGAAGGUGAAGAAGAGAGGUUAGAGGAGGAAGAAGAAGAUGAAUCGGGAGAAAUCAUUCUCAAAGUCGAAGAUAUACCAGAAACAAGCAAUACCGAAGAAAGAAAAAGGAUAAAGAGGGCAAAAAUUACACCAAAGGUUGAACCUGUUCAAGAACAAAUUGUAGCUAGAGAUGGUUCUAUAUAUACUUGUUUGUUAUGUACAAAUGAAGAUGAUAAAACUGUAGGAGAUGCAAAGUCUAUUAUUGCACAUGUAAGGGAUGUGCACGAAACACGUUUAUAUAUCUGCGAUAUAUGUGGGGAUGACUUUAGAAAAAGAAACGAACUAUCUGUUCAUCUUGAUGAUCAUGUUGCUAAAGAGGAAGGAGAUUUUCAGUGUGAAAUAUGUAAUAGAAUAUUUAGUAAUUUGCGAUUAUUUAGAAUUCAUAAAAGAAUACAUUAUCCGCAAGUGAAAUGUUGGCCGUGUGAAAGUUGCGGUAAACGAUAUAGUUCCAGAAAUUUAUUGGAGGAACAUAUCAAUACGCAUACGGGUGUACGUCCAUACGUAUGUGAAAACUGUGGCAAAGAUUUUGCUUCAAAAUAUACUUAUAAAGCACACGUAAAAACACAUGAAAUACGGCCUCGUCCGUACGAAUGUUCACAAUGCAACAAAACAUUUUUGAGUCAACAAAAUCUUAAUCAGCAUGAAAGAACUCACAAUGGUGUAAAGGAAUAUGUUUGUCACCAGUGCGGAAAAGCAUUUGGUUCGCCGCACAAUUUAGAAGUACACAAUAUAGUACAUACAGGUUAUAAACCAUACAUAUGCAGAGUGUGCGGCAAAGCAUUUGCCCGUAAAGCGGAAAUAAGGGAUCAUGAAAGAACGCAUACAGGAGAAAAGCCGUAUCAGUGUGAAUUUUGCGGGGCUACAUUUAGUCAGCGAUCAAACUUACAAUCUCACAAGCGUGCAACACAUUAUAAUGAUAAACGGUACAAAUGCGAUGAUUGCGGAAAGGGAUUUAAACGGCGAAGAUUAUUAGACUAUCAUAUAAAAGCAGCUCAUACUGGCGAAAGACCGUAUAAAUGUGACAUAUGUACAGCAACAUUUGUAUACCCUGAACAUUUCAAAAAACAUAUACGUAUACAUACUGGAGAGAAACCUUAUCUCUGUGAGGUUUGUGGCAAAGCAUUUAACAGUCGAGACAAUAGAAAUGCGCACCGAUUUAUACACAGCGAUAAAAAGCCAUAUGAAUGUCUAGUAUGUGGUAUGGGUUUUAUGAGGAAACCUUUAUUGUAUGCUCAUAUGCAGGCUCAGGGCCAUUUAAAUGAUACCAUUGUGGUUAAUCAGCCGCGACUUACUACAGAAGAUGAUCAAGUUAUAACAAUCUCUGAUGGUAACGUGGAGCUUUUGGUUGAUGAAACAGAAAAUGAUCAGUUGGAUGAAACUGAAUUGUAUGUGACAGAAUUAAAAGACCAUGUUAUUAUACAGCAACAAAACGAAGAUCAAAUGUAUAACGAAGAAGAUGUAUUAAAUAUUUCGACAGAGGAGAAUGUUGCAGACGAGGACGUAAAUCAUCUUGUUGAUGAAGAAAUGAACUUUGCUGAAAAUGAAGUAAUGGAAUGCAAAACUGAAGAUUCGGAGCAAGUAGAAGAGGUAUAUAAUUAUAACGAAACUGAGGACGGGGAAACGAUAGUUGUACCGACUACCUCGGAAUAUAAAGAAGUGGAAGAAGAUAAAAAUGCUGUACGAUUAGUGCAAAUUCGAUUUCCAACAUCGGUUGAUGGGGAAGGUCGAAGUUGGUUGAGCUUAGUACAAAACACGUAAAUUUUUGUAUCAUUGUAAUGUACUAUAGCUUCGUAAUUAAAUCUCAAAGUCUUGCUUCGUAAAAUAAAUCUCAAAGUCGAUAUUAAUAUGACCGUGUUAACGUAUAUGAAUGAGAUAAAGGAAUUUAUCUUGCACAAGUUCGAUUUAAUAGCAACAUAUACGCUAUGCUAUUCUUCGAUAUUGUAAUGAAUUUAAGUAUAUCGAUGGAGAAGGCAAAUUGACCAUGUCGUAUUAUUACGUUUAAUAUGCAGAAUUUGUUUUGAAGUUCUUUUUUUUUUGAAACAUUUUCUCAAUUAUAAAUCAAUAUAAAUAAAUAGAGUUGGAAAAAAUUUCUGGUACAGAGCAUAAUAGUGACGUCAAAUUAAACAUCUUAUAUAAUUAUGAUAAGUCAGUAGUAUAAUUUUAAUUGUAAUUUAAUUCUUUUAAACCGCGUUUUAUUUCACGUGUAUUGUGUUUUAAACCUUUUGGUAUUUUAUAAUGGCCACUGUGCAUAAAUAAUGUACUCAAAUUAAAUCAACAAAAAUUAAUAA